AUGAAUUCAACCACGGAAAACGGCCAAAAUAACAGCCAAGGACCUCUGGUAAUUGGAAAUAAGGAUGCAUAUUCAGAUGCGUCUGACGAAAACGGGGUCAAUCAUGAAUUAAGACCCCAAAGAGCCAAUUUUCGUCGUAGUGUUAGUGAGGGUCCCCAAACUCAAAUUUCUGUUGAUCCUUCAAUUCCUGAAGUAGCUCAAUCUUCUCAAGUGCUUGGAGUCGCUGUAGAUGCUCCAACUCCUGUAAAUGCUCCAAUUACUGUUGAUGCUCCAAUUACUUUAAUUUCUUCAGUUCCUGCCAGUUCUCCAAUUCCUCAAGUUAUUCAAGCUCCUCAAGUAGUUCAAGUCUCCAGGUCAAGUUCUAUGGUCAUUUUGAACCAGGUUUUAAAUCCUGACGGAAGGUAUCCUUACGAAAGAAGAACCAAUUCUCGAAGUCGCUACGAUCACUUAUACAAUCAAACGCAUAAGGUACAGGAAAUGGCCCCAACGGAAAGAAAAACUCGUUCCAAGAAACGUAUUGAUUAUACAGAGGGCCAAUUGCCACCAGGUUUGCUUGAAGAAGAUCUUUUCACAAGAUGCAGUACGCCUCCUUCUAAACGUAAAAAGGGAGGAGAUACGGAAUCCAACAUCCUAUCGAUUAUUUCUCCCAGUGAUAAUGAACAACAGAUUCACAAUAAUAACCCUCAAGACGAAGUUCUUUGUUUAUUUCUUAGUAUGGUAUCAAUUACGGCAAUAUGUAUCUAUUGGAGUACUCCCCUUUUACAAUCAAAUUUAAGUACCCAAAUAACCCAAAGGAGUGGUUUAGAAGCUUAUAUCGCCACUAAUACUUUGCCACUCACCUAUGAAAUCCCAGCUACUGGAAGACAACUGUCCCCCGAAUUGAAUGAAGAGCCAAACAUUGGUGCCAAUGUUGGCUCCAGACCAAAUUCUGGUGGGGAGCUCCAUGUGGUUGUUCAGCCACAAAAUUUCUCCUCUGACACACAUUUGAUUCCCGGAGCUCAAAACUUUGUCUUAUCUGAUCUUGCAGCAUCAAGACAGGGUGAAGAUGGAGUCAAUAAUGAAACUUUAGCAAACGGAGAAGUUUUGGAUUCUGUUCAGAAUCGCACAAGAGAUUUAGAUGAAACAAGUAGAAGAAGUGAACCCCAUCCCCAAAACCAUUCUCCCGUUCAUGAACUUAACAAAGAGAAUGUGAAUCCUGUGGUCUUAUCUAGUCAACAAUUAUAUGAUCAUUUGUCCUUGACCAAUCAACAACGUACCCAUGGCUUUAAUGUCGAGACCAGUUCUGAUUCUUGUUCACUCAAUAAUCCAGUUUCAGGGGCAAAACAUACAGAGCAUUCACCAUCAGUAGAAACUCCUAUCCACGUACCAAGACCUUUGGAAGCAAGAAAUGUUGAUGGAAUACCAGCUAUGGGCGAGACAAGAGAAAGUUUUAUUCGUGGAAUAGAAGAUUUAGGAGCAAGUGAUGUUCAUGGCACGCCAGCUUUUGAAGACACACCAGCUAUUGAAGAGGAAGCCCUUAUUCGUGAACCUACCCGCUCACCCCCAGAAUCAUCCCCAUUCUAUACUGAUCCAAUUUUCGAUGCACAUGGUAAUAUGACACCAGCACAUCCAUUUUAUCAUGAGCAAGCUCAUCCAUCUGUAUUGGAAAAUCCUUCUCAACAGCAAGCUGGUCCAUCCUCAAACUUUGGUCGGAUUCCAAGUCAAUCAGAAUUGAGGGGGCAGGGAUAUCGGAACUCAAGAAUAGAUUGGUCUUCCAAAAAGCCCACGACUAAGUCAACUCCCUACGCUCAUGGAGGCGGUGCGCCAUCAAACCAACCAGUAAAUGGCCCAUCUUCUAGUCUUCGCUAUAGAGGAAAUGUGGCAUCAGAAUUGAGGAGGAAAGCUAAUCAAGAAAAAAUGAAAAGGUUGAAUAAAAGUAGACGAAAUAAAUGA